AGAACAGCUGCUGGUAGAUGCUGCAGAGAAGAGGAGCCACACAAGAGAAGCUUCCAGUGAGAAGACAAGCUUUCUGAAGUCAAGUACUGCUGGAAAAGAGAAGAAUAUCUGAUUUCUCCUCCUUCUUCUUACAGUGCCAAGCGGAAAGGUCCAGGACCAGCCAAACCUUUGUAAAAGCAUCCAACACAUCUGCAUCCUUCCUUCUUGUCUCCUUCUUUCCUCCUAUCCUCGGGUGUCAUACCACCAUGGAUCGCUCAGUCCAGGAGCUGUUUAUCAACUUCACGAUCGUCUUAAUCACUGUGCUGCUGAUGUGGCUGCUGGUGAAAACUUACCAAGACUAAAUCAUGGAGCAAGAAGAGAGGAGAUGACCGAGGUGCCAGAGGAGUCGGAGCGAUAUGAGGAAAACCAGCAUUGUUACUGUAGGACUUUGCUGCUAAGUGAUUCAUGUUCAGACACUGUUUACAUCUUAUCAUUCUUUUAAUCUGGUCAGGUCCAGAGCUGCAGCUUUCAUUAGAGUCCUAUAACCAUGUGCUUGUUACAGAUGGGGCAGAUUAUUAAUGACAAUUUCAAAGUCAACUGAUCAGUGUAUUUAUUCUCAAACGUUUUUGAAUGUGACUUUGAAUUUCUGAACAAGGCCAGAGGAGGAGUUACAGAAAACAUGCGGGUGAUUACAAAUAAAAGAACAGGGGCUUGCUGCUCUAUUUUUAAAGGGAUGUAAUCCUUCUAACAGUGGUGUAAAUGCAUGUCACUGUGCCAUUGAUGUGCCCUUUGAAACAUAAAACCAUGCUGUUGUGUCUAUUGUUCUGUUUUUACUUGCGAUGAUGAAUGUAUCACAUGCAGACACUGUAUCUACUCAAAAAAAACACAUCAACUCAAUUAAUAAAGCAUUAUGUUUAUAUUCACUCCUUGCCAAUAAAACAUUACGGUAUUUGUUGUA